AUGUGCAUGCAAACUGCGGCCGGUGUUCUCUUCUGCCCGUGUACCCUCGGGGAGAGGGUGAUAGGGGCGCUGGCGAAAUCUGUUGCGGAACGUCCCGAGGAACGCUCCUUGCAUUUUUUCGGGGUGGUGUGCCGACUAGCGACUGGAAAGUCGACGAGGCUUCCCCUCCUGUCCCCCUCCGCCCUCUGGCAGUACGAGAGAAGCAAGAGCACGACCGCCGCAGCCAUCUCCGCCACCGCCUACCCCGCCCUAGCGGCAGCAUCCUCGUCUUCUUCCGCUCUCCCGGUCGCCAAUGGCGCCGGCUUCUGGCUGGCCGUUGUCACGCCCUCCCGAGCCAUCCUCGCGCGGCAGCGGCUGCGGCUGCGCCGGCUCAAGCGCAGGAUAGCGGCCGCGGGCGGUGCUGAAAACGGGUACCGCACCACGCCGCUCGGUGCCGGAGGCGCCAGGGUCUGGUGGGUGCUACCGCCGCCGCUGCCGCCGCCGCCCGCGGCAUCGAAGUCCAGGCGCCAUGGGUCUAGGGCCGGGGGCCCCGGCGAAUCGAUGGCUACCCCGACGGGGGGGGGGAAGCACCUCCGGGGGAGGGGGGACGUGUGGAGGCUUGCUACGGGCGGGGACACGGCUGCCGUGUCCCCGGUGGAGGGGGAAGCGAGCCCCGCUGCUGCUGCUGCUGCCGCCCGCGGCGGCGUGGUAGGCCACGUGUGGGUGUCUCUGAAGCUGCGGGACCCCUCGAUGCUCAUGAUGAGGGUGGUUCGGCAGUGGAACAUGGCGAGGGAUGAGGCGUCGGUCCAGCAGCGACGAGCGGCCCAGCUGGAGGCGAAGAGGCUGUGGAUGUUCAUGCCCGGGAUCUCUCUGUGGAGAGUGCUGCUGCAGCUGGCGGGCAUGUCGCUGCUGGUGAGCUACUGCGUCACCCUCACCCUGCGGGCCUUCCACAGCACCCGCUGCAGGGCCGCCUUCAAUUGCGACCCCGAAACCGAUCCCAAGCUCGCCAGCCUUCGAGAAUGGCAGACCCUCGCCGACAACAUGCUGAGCGCCUUAUCCUUCCUGGACAUGGUGCUUCAGUUCCGCACCGGAUACGUCGACAAAAGCUCCAAGAUCAUCAUCAAUCCCAAGAAGGUUGGACUCCACUACCUCAGGACUUGGUUCAUCCCUGAUCUAUGGUGCUCUCUGCCGUACGGCACCAUGCAGCCGCUGCUCCAGCCGCUGCUCGAUGAGGUGGAAGGCGCCGCGGACUCUCUCUCUAGCGCUAGCGCGGACCAUACCGCCGGUGUCGCCGCCAAGUCGGACAACAUGAUCAAGGCUACCGACUCGCCCCUCAGCAUGUGGGUGUUCAAGCUCAGCCAAAGGCUCCACAUUGGCAAGAUCAACGGCAUUCGCGGUACACGAGCUUUCAAGUACCUGGACGACUCCGCUAUGGGUGUAGACCUGGCGGUGAAGCAGGUGGUUCACGUCGUUCGCGGUCGCCGAAGGGUUCUCAAGUGGCUGGGCAACCCGCCCAAGGAGCGUGGAAGGAUCGGAAAGUUCUUCUUCCGGGUUGGCUUGACCAACAAGUGGACUCGCAUCGUGCUGUCCUACCGGCUUCUCGGUUACGCCAAGGUUAUCGGGACUCUGGUGCGCGCGAUGCGAGUGCUAGCCGUCGCUGUCCGUGCGGUUCCCAGAGCUACCAGGGUGUUACGGCUAGCGGCGGUGUUUAUCAGGAGCUAUGAGGGACGGCGGCGAUCUAAGGACCUACACGAGGCUUCGAUCGUCAUACAGCGCCGGGCAGGGCGACACAUGGCCUUGAAGGUCGCGGGCCAACUCAAGACCAACCUUCGCCGCAGGACACGCGCCCGCUCGGAGUCAGACAUUCGCAUCUCCUCCACUGCAGCAGCCCCCACCGGCGGCGGCGGCGGCGGCGGCGUUGGCAGCCCAGCCUUCGCGUUUCCCAAGGACAACGACGACGACGACACCCGGUCCCGUGUAGUCUCGGACGCUGGUCGUUCUUCCAUCGGCGACGCUUACGGCAGAGACGCCGACCCUAGCAGCAGAGACGACGGCGGUGGUGGCCGCAGGAGGAUGAUGAUGCCGUCACCGCUAAGGCGGUCGCCGGCGCGGCGGCGGCGGGGAUUGUCAACCCCGCCCCGGUCCCCGUCUCUCGCGAGCGACGGCGGCGGGAGCGGUAGUGUGGGCGGCUGGAGCAGCGGCGUGGGGAUGCCGUCCUACUCUUCAACGUAUAGAACGCCCGCAAGCGUCGCUAGCAGCAGUGAGCAUUACGGCGAAUAUCGACCCCGAUCACCCUCCCUAAUCCCGUCGGAGGUAUGGUCGGAAGACUUAAGCUGGGACGAACUUAAUUUCCCUCGAUCACCUCAGAGGGGGGCAGGGGCGGCGAAUUCGGGCUGGGCGACCGAGUGGGAUGGUCACAGCGCGGGCACGCCUACGACCCCGCCCCGCACGGGCACCGGGGUCACAAGGUGACGAUGGACCGGCGAGAAGGCGCACAGGUGUUGAAACCCACGGUGUGUGCGUCGAAAGGGAAGGAAGGGAGAAUGCCAAUGGCGCGACGUUGCAGGCUCGUCGCAGCAGCAGCAG